AUGUGGGGUCGUAAUGGAUCAUUUUUUCGCUUUUGUAAUUUAUAUUUCCGUGGUCAGCAGGCGGAGGCCCGGCAGCAGCAGGCGAUCGCCGAUGGAGAUGAAGCAAUAGACAAUGCCUGGAACUAUGUAGUGUUUGUGGCGUUCGUGGUAAUAUCGGCUCUGAUACCGAUCCGCAAGCGUCUCUGCCGGCGGAGCAGCAACAGCAAGAGCAAGCAGGACUAUGUUUUCGGCGCAGGACACAUCUCGACGUUGGCGAUGAUGCUGUCGAUAGCCCGCGGUACUCUGGGCGUUAUUUCCGUGCUGGGCUACCCGAGCGAGUUCUUCUACCGCGGAUCGGCCUUGUGGGAGUCGCUGUACGGUGUUGUGACCGCGUACCCCAUCGUAUGCUUCGUAUUCAUACCGGUUUACUUCAAUUUGGGCAUCACCUCAGUGUAUCAGUAUCUCGAGCUACGAUUUAACAGUCGCAUUGUUCGGUGCUUAGCGUCGGGCACGUACAUACUACGCACUUUGCUUAGUCUAGGUGUUACAAUCUACACACCGACCGUGGCGCUGAACACGAUCAUCGGUGUACCGUACUGGGCGUCUCUGCUUUGCAUUACAGUGAUCAGCAUAUUCUUCAACGCCCUGGGAGGCUUGAAGGCGGCCGUCGCGGCUGACGUCAUACAGAGCCUCAGCAUGACGGCCAUGUUGGUGGCCAUCCUCAUCUAUUGCACUGUCACAGUUGGUGGAGUCGACAAAAUUUGGACCAUUAGCUCAGAGAAUGAUCGUUUUGCGUUUUUCAACUUUGCUGCCGAUCUUCACUUGCGCGUGACAACAACUUCCGCCUGGUUGGGCGAGCUGUUCAACUCGCUCAGUUUGCUCGGCUGCCAGCAAAACUUUGUCCAGCGGUACCUCAGCAUGCCGACACUGCGCCAGAUACGGCGAACGUUGCUGCUGAACAUUCCGAUCGUCAUUCUGCUGUUCUCGCUGCCGUGGCUUGUCGGGAUGGCCAUCUACGCCAUCUACUGGCACUGUGACCCGCUAAAGGCGAGCGUGAUCGAGAAAAUGGACCAAAUCCUGCCCUACUUCAUUGUAGAUCGCUUCGCUCGAGUGCCGGGCGUGUGGGGCAUAUUCGUUGGGACGCUCUUCAACGGGGCCCUGACGCUCAACAUCUCCAACAUCAACUCCCUGGCGACCGUCACGUGGGAGGACUUUCUGUCGUUGAUCCCUGGCUGGCGGAAGAAAAGCGAACGCCACCAGCUGACGGUGAUCAAGCUGGUUGGCACGUGUUACGCGGUGAUCAUCAUGGGUGUCGGUUUUAUCGUCGGUCUGUUGUCGGGUGUGAUUGAGUCGUCGAUGCUGAUCAUUUCAGCCACCUCAGGACCCCUGCUCGGAGUAUUUAUUUUGGCCAUGUUUGUCCCGUUCGCCAACUGGAAGGGCGCCGCCAUGGGGAUGAUCGCAUCGCACCUUUCCAUUCUCUGGAUCGUGAUUGGGCGCCUGAUCGAUGCGAGCGUCAGCGACGAGCUUUUGGAUACGUCGAUCGAAGGAUGUUAUGCCGAUUUGAUGAUGGCAGAGAAGAACUCGUCCAGCGACGGCUUACUGGCCAUCGCUCUGGAGGAAGGUGUUAAUGUGGUUGACGCCAGCGAUCUCUUGACUCGCAUUUACUCCAUUUCCUAUAUGUAUUACGGUGUGUUCGGGACGGUUUUGACGGUUCUUUCGGGAAUGGUGAUCAGCUUGGCCACCUGGAGCAGCCAGGACGAGUACAACAUGAAAAUGCUGCAUCCCGCCGUCAGAUGGCUUUACGCGCGGUGUCCUUUUAAUGGCAAGCACUUCGGUUCGUUCGAAGUGUCCACAAGCCUGAGCGUACCACCGAAUGAAACUGUGUCAAAGUGA